AUGGAUGAAAAUCAGACAAAUGUGAACAUGAUUCUAGAAGCGGCGGGCGAUGGACCCGUAAACGGAACGAGCAUGCCGAUAAACAGGGUUUUGCGGGUACGAAUUCUGGUUCACGGCAAUGGCGCUGGAGACUCUGGUAUAUCUAUGAUCGUCAAUCGCAUAAGAACCAUAGCACCACUAUUGAUGAUUGAUACUGGACGAGCGGCCAUAUAA